AUGGCACCUCCUAUCAAGUCACGUAAUAGAAGAUCAUCAUCGACAUCAUCGUCGUACACAUCAACCUUAACAACAUUAGCUUUUAUUGUACUAUGUGUCUUAGGUGUGUGGAUGCUAACUUCAAACUCGGUUGUUUCGCCUAAGACGCGUUCCGCUGUUGAUACCUCGGCUUCCACCACCAAUGAUUUUUCAUCCAAUGAUGAACAAAAUGAUCGAGCCACCACAACCAAUAACAACAAUGAUGACGGCAAUAAUAACAAAAAUAAUUUAGAUGAUUCGACAUCUGAAAGCACAACAAAUGCGAAGAAUAGUAUUGAUGAUUCGAUAUCGGAAACUACAAACAAUGAUUUGGCAUCGGAAACUACAAACAGUGUAUUUGGAGACAAUCCAGGUAAACUACCGGAUGAUGCUAUCAAAAGUGAUGAUGCAAAUAAUGUUGUUAGUACAAACAACAAUGAACAACCGAAACAAGAAGACAAGAGUCUGUUCGCACGGAAUCAGGAGCCGAGAAAUUCAAACAAUGAUCAGAAAAACAUUGUGUUGGAGAAAGAUGAAGUGAGUGCAAAGGGUAAUAUAGAAGAUGAAAACCAAAAUGCAAAGGUUGAUCAGCAACAAGAAAAUCAAGAUGACGCGAACAUACAACAGCUAAGAGAAGACAAAGGCGAACUCGAGGUCAUGGGAAAAGAGGAAAAGAAAAUGCCUGUCGACGAACCAAAAGAACAAGAAAAUGAGAGUCAUGAGGAAGCAGUGUCAGUAAAGAGACCGAAACAAGAGAGGAAGAGAAGGAAGUCAAGGAAGGAAUUGAAGAAACAAUGGUCGACACAAGCAGACGAGUCACAGGGUGAAAAGGAGAGACAAAACGUCAAUGAAUCGGGUGGAGGUAGCAGUAGUAGUAAUGAAUCGGGUGGAAGUAGCAGUAGUAGUAGUAGUAAUGUUGUGGUUGAUCAAGAAGGAAAAGAUUUCAAGUGGAGUAUAUGCAAUGUAACAGCUGGUGCUGAUUAUAUUCCAUGUUUGGAUAAUGAAAAGUAUCUGAAGACUUCACAUAGAAAACACUUUGAACAUAGAGAGAGACAUUGCCCUGAGGAUGCACCAACUUGUCUGGUCUCACUUCCUCCAGGAUACAAAAUACAUGUUCCAUGGCCUGGUAGUAGAGAUAAGAUAUGGUACCACAAUGUACCACACGUUAAGCUAGCUGAAGUAAAGGGACACCAAAACUGGGUCAAGUUGAUGGGUGAGUUCUUGACAUUCCCUGGAGGUGGCACUCAGUUCAUUCAUGGUGCUCUCCACUAUAUUGAUUUUCUUCAAAAGGCGCAACCAGACAUUGCAUGGGGAAAGCAUACAAGGGUGAUAUUGGACGUUGGGUGUGGAGUUGGUAGUUUUGGAGGUUACCUAUUUGAAAGAGAUGUUAUUGCUAUGUCUUUUGCACCUAAAGAUGAACAUGAGGCACAAGUUCAGUUUGGACUUGAGAGAGGAAUACCAGCCAUAUCUGCCGUCAUGGGCACUCAAAGGUUGCAAUUCCCAAGUCGUGUAUUCGAUCUUAUACAUUGUGCGCGAUGUCGAGUACCUUGGCACGAAGAAGGUGGUAUGUUGCUUUUGGAAUUGAACCGAGUUCUUAGACCGGGUGGUUAUUUUGUAUGGUCUGCCACACCUGUGUACCAAACUCUUGAGGAAGAUGUGGAGAUAUGGAAGGCAAUGAAAGCGUUAACUAAGUCCAUGUGUUGGGACCUUGUGACCAUAAAAAAUGAUACUUUGAACCAAGUUGGUGCUGCCUUCUUCCGCAAAACUUCUUCCAAUGAAUGUUAUGAGCAGAGAGAGAAAAGCGAACCUCCAAUGUGUAAAGAUGAUGAUGAUCCAAAUGCUGCCUGGUAUGUACCUCUACAAGCAUGCAUGCAUAAGUUGCCUGUUGAGCAGACAGAGAGAGGGGCUAAAUGGCCAGAAGUUUGGCCGCAGAGGCUGCAAAAAGCCCCAUAUUGGCUAAACGAUGCAGAGGGUGAAAAAUUAUCCACUCAAAAUUUUGCAGCAGAUAGUGUACAAUGGAAAAACAUUGUAGAUGAGCUUAAAAUUAUGGGUGUUGAUUGGUCUAACGUGAGAAAUGUCAUGGACAUGAGAGCUACAUAUGGAGGAUUUGCAGCAGCUUUGAAGGAUCUUCCACUAUGGGUAUUUAAUGUGGUGAAUGUUGAUUAUGGAGAUACACUUCCAAUCAUUUAUGAGCGAGGUCUUAUUGGAAUGUACCAUGAUUGGUGUGAAUCCUUCAGCACAUACCCAAGAACUUAUGAUCUAUUGCAUGCCAAUCAACUUUUCUCAAAUCUAAAGACUAGAUGCAAACUGAUUCCUGUUAUAGCAGAGGUGGAUAGAGUACUUAGACCAGGUGGUCAUUUGGUUGUCCGUGAUGAACUUAGUGUUGUUGAUGAAGUGGAGAAUUUGGUAAAAUCUCUAAACUGGGAAAUAACCUCCAAAACUUCAAAAAACCAAGAGGGCUCGCUCUGUGCAAAGAAAAGCUUUUGGAGACCCGAUUCUUAA